CACGUCAACAGUGAUAGCGUGUGCCUACAGCGAAAGGGUUCUCAUCCACGUUGAUUGUGAGCCAACCACUCUACUGUUAUGUUCACAGGAACAACGACAAUGUCUCUAGCUCAGGCGGUGCUUGUUCUCUUGGCCGCCUGCGUGGCCGGUGUCGUGUGUGUGGACAAGUGCAGCCCCGACUGCACCGGCAAACCAGUGGGCAGCAAAGUUCCCGAUCCCAGGAACUGCACACAGUACUACCUCUGCCUCAACGGCGAGUUCCCCACAGACCACCCGCUCUGGUGCGACCCGGGUGAAAUCUUCGACACCACGCUAAAUGAGUGCCAGGUGGGGACCGACUGCACGGAUCAGUGCCCGGCGACCGUCCCCAACUGCCACUUCACGUGCAGCGGUACGUACGACCUGGUCAGCGAUCCGUCGAGCUGCAACCAGUACUUCGUGUGCCUCCCCCACGGGCUGGAGGGUCCUUUCGGCUGCCCCGCGGGAGCCCCGUACUUCAACGGGGAAAACUGCGUGGACGACAAGGGCACCUGCUGCUCCGACCCGUGCACGCCCUUCUGCGAGGCGGCGGUGACGCAGGUGCCGGACCCCACGGACUGCACCAAGUACUACAUCUGCCUGGAGCCAGGGCUCGCGUCCGAGGAAUACCACUUCACGUGCGACGCGGGACAAAACUUCAACUAUGUCACGGGACGGUGUGACAGCGUAGCCGAUUGCAAAGUUUUGUGUAACAACAGGUGAAGGUCGCUUAAUACUCUCACUAGAAUUCGUGAAACGCAACGGAUGCAUUGUUGAAAGAUUCCGGGGUAUAGAUUAAACGUAACGUGUUCAACCAUUAUCUAAUACACAGAACGUGACUAUGACUUUACUAUAUCGAUGUUGUGAGGGAUCGAAAUUGCCUUAGAGCGUCUCCAUUCCGCUUAUGUCGAAAAUAUAAACAAGUUAAUAAAUACUGGAGAUAUUAA